AUGAGUACACAACAACAGGAUCAAAAGGAGAAUACAUCGUCAUCAUCUUCCGAAUCUUCUUCUUCAUCAUCUUUUACCAAACCAUCCGAUUUACCAAAGGUUUCAGCAACAGCUGCUAGUAAUUUAAAGGAAUUAUUAAAAUCCGAAUAUUCACAAUUCACAAGAGAAGCCAUUCAAAAGAAAUACAUUCAGGAAGGCACUGAUUUGCCUUUCAAAGCAAGAGUUGAAGCAAAAAUUGAAGGUUUUUAUGGUGGUGAUGUCGGUGCUCAAGCAUUGAAAACACUUAGAAAAGGUGUUCAUGAAGGAAAAUUCAAGAAGGGUAUGACACCACUUCAAAAACGAAUUGGCCUAUUGUUUGGUUCUUUUGUUUUAGGUCAAGCUUUUUAUUUCGGAGGAAGAUAUGUAUUUGACUUAUUCACUAAUAACAAGGAAUUACAAAACAGAGAUCAAGGAUAUUAUUACGGAAGAAAUCCAACUGAAUUUAAUUCUGAAGUUGAAAAAUUAACAAUGAGAAUGAUUAGGGAUUAUCAAAACUUUAAAGGUUCAAAUGAUAUUUCACCUGAUGAACGAACAAUGAUUGAAAGAGAUGCUUUUAACAGAAUUUCUGUUAAAUAUGCUGAACAACAAGAAAUUUUGGGUUCCUCAACAAUUAACCCACCUGCAUCCAAAUAUGUUCCUCGUUAA